AUGAUUACAGUUUCUUCAACCGUGUUUGUGCUGCUACUGUUUGUGGUUGUUCCUUUGGUGAGGGCCAACUCUGGAGACAAUCUGGCAAGAAAAAGAAGAGAAUGGAUUGUCCCUCCAAAGGCUCUGGAAGAAAAUGUAGACUUCACUCAUCUGGAAUCUAUAGCCAAGAUCCGAUCAGAUGUACCUGAUCCAGACAUUUUGUACUCCCUUAGGGGCAUAGGUGCAGACCAAUUGCCCUUCGGUGUAUUUGUCGUUGACCCUAAAACUGGAUUCAUUCGUGUGACCGAAGUGCUUGACAGGGAGAAUAUUCAUAUAUACAAUCUGACAGGUAUUGCCACACCUAGUAAAGAGCCACAAGAAACAAUCGAAAUACAAAUCAAGGUUGUAGAUGAAAAUGACAACGCUCCAGAGUUUGGAGUGAUUGAAAACGGGGAGGUGGAUGAGCUCAGUCUUGCAGGAACAUCAGUAAUGAAAAUCACUGCAACUGAUGCUGAUGAACCAGGGAAUCCAAACUCUCAGAUUGCCUAUAGCAUCAUAGAUCAGAAUCCACCCAAUGACAUUUUUCACAUUACCAAAGAUGGGAUAAUCCUCGUUAACAACCCCCUGGAUCGAGAGAAAGUGGAUCAGUUCACUUUGACGGUGAAAGGUCAAGACCUAAAUGGCCAAUCAGAGGGAAAAAUUGCAACUUGUACUGUUACCAUUAAAGUGCGAGACGUGAAUGACAAUCUUCCGACUCUGGAAAAGGAGGAGUAUGAGGGCAGCAUUGAGGAGAACACAGAAGGCGUGGAGGUGAUGAGAAUCAAAGCAAAGGACCUAGACCAGGAAGGCACAGACAACUGGGAAGCUGUGUUUGAUAUUAUUAAAGGCAAUGAGGCUGGACACUUUACCAUUACAACAGACCCCAAGACCAAUGAAGGGAUCCUAAUGCUUGACAAGGCAGUGGACUAUGAAGAUGUGAAGGACCUUGACCUAGGACUAGUUGUAAGAAAUAAGGCUCCAUUUUUUAGUGGAUCAGGGGUCAAUACAGGAGCUGGUAUAAGUUUCGCAGGUGGGGGAGGUGCGGGAGGUGGGGGAGGUGCGGGAGGUGGGGGAGGUGGGGGAGGUGCGGGAGGUGGGGCAGGGGCUGCAGGGGGAACAGGAGGAACAAGUGGCUCUGGUGCAGGAGGUGUGUCUGGAGGAUCAUCAUGGCAAAGUGGGUCUACAUUUAAAACGUAUCCAAUCAAAAUCAAUGUGAAGGAUAAGCAGGAGGGCCCACAUUUUCACCCUAAAGUCAAAGCCAUCCCAAUCUCAGAGGCAGGCCACUCCAUCAACAUGAAAGAUCCUAUUGCCCACUACUUUGCAUUAGAUGGAGACACUGGGAAACCUGCUGAGAAUGUCAGGUAUGCCAAAGGCUCCGACCCUGACAACUGGCUAAACAUCGACCCAGAAACAGCCAAGAUCACACUAAACAAGAUACCUGACAGAGAAUCUCCAUACUUGGUCAAUGGGACAUACAUUGCUAAAGUACUCUGCAUUACAGAUGACAUGCCAAGUAAAACAGCCACUGGCACUGUAGCCAUCCAGGUGGAAGAUGUUAAUGACCACUGUCCCACCUUGACCAAUAAUAUCCAAACAAUCUGUACCAUGGUUGAUGCUGUCAUUGUGAGUGCUAAAGAUGAGGAUGCAUCCCCAAAUGGACCUCCUUUUGACUUCAUUAUUGUCCCAGAAGGCACUAAGGGCAAGUGGCAGGUGGAGCAUCUUAAUGAUACUGCAGCUAUCCUUAGGGUUCAGGAGUCUUUGUGGCCUGGUUUCUAUGAAGUGAAGCUUGUAGUGAAGGAUGAACAGGGCAAGGCCUGUCCAGAACCACAGAUGGUAAAGGUCCAAGUUUGUACCUGUGAGGAUGGAAGGGUGUGUGGAGAACGCAGUGUCAAUAGAGGAGCAGACUUUGGGGCUGCAGGCAUCGGAUUGCUGUUCCUGGGCCUGCUGCUGUUAGCACUCAUUCCUCUGUUGCUGCUCUUCUGCCAAUGUGGGGGGGCUGCAGGUGUUUUAGGAGGCUUUACUGAGAUGCCUUUCGACACCAAAUCACACCUCAUUAACUAUCACACUGAGGGCCAGGGAGAAAACACGGAGGUACCACUGCUGAAUAUGCCACCACAAAUGGAGGGAGAUAUGUUCAACAUGGGUAUAGGCAUGGUCGGCAAAACUUCAGCAAUGGCGCCCAUGGCACCUUUUGAUUUUCAGAAGUCAGUCACUUCAAUGGAUGGGAUUAACAGGGUCCAUCUAGAUGGAUUUGCCGGUGACCACAGAGAAGAAACCUGGGGGAUGACGAACCAGCCGAGCGCCAUUGGCUUCCACUCUGAGUUUGAAGGCAGAGAAUCAGGAGGAGGUGGAGGAAUUUAUGAUGGCAUGGCUCUGCCAGACCACUUUCUGGAACAGUACUACACUCAGAAGCUGGACAAUGGAAACAAGAACCUUGCAGUGAAGAACAGUCUGUUGGUUUAUGAUUAUGAAGGCCAGGGUUCCGCUGCUGGCUCUGUGGGAUGCUGCAGCCUCCUGGAGUCUGAUGAUGACCUGCAUUUCCUCGAUGAUCUUGGGCCAAAGUUUAAGACCCUGGCUGAGGUGUGCGGAGGCAAGCCAAUUCUAACUGAUGUUAAACAAGUGUUCCCUCCUGCUGCAAUGAACACACAGACCUCAGUAUCAAGGUUUGUGCAUGAAACACAGCUGCCCCCUCCAAGCCAGCUGCUGCCAACUGUCUCCAACAUAGAACAGACUGUAGUCAGGGAUAUAUCUGAGCGUUCAAAUCAGAUGAUCAAUGAGACCAUGACCACAAAAAGACGAGAGAUGGCAAAUCAAGAUAAGAUGCUGUUGGUACAGCAGCAGCAGCCUGUGUACUAUGUUGUCCAGCCACAGAUUCAGAACACUAUGCUACUAGCUGAGGCACCAGCCAACAACUUACAGGGCAUGGUAUUGGUUAACAGCACCCAGACUGGACCUUCCCCGUGUAUGGUCCUUCAGGGUCAGGUAGUAAUGUCCAGUGGACAGUACCAGGGCCCCCAUGUGAUGCUCAUGGAAAGUAAUGGAAUCCAGGAAGACGGCGCUGACCAGAUCUAUGCUGGAAACAUCUGUGGCUCCCAGAUCAUGAUGGUUGAAGAGGACAAGGUCCCUGCAAAGUCGAUGAAAGUGGUGAAAGGGAUCCAGACCUGCCACAUUCCGGGAGGCACUCGACAGCCAGGAGGGCAUUUGAGAUCUCAGAGAGGCCUGGUGGUUGUAGGGCCAACAAGCAAUGGAGGGCAGCUGGUCCAGGAGGCACAAGGAGUGUCUGAAAAGUGUGAUGUAUCUGGUUCUCAGAGAGUCCUUUGCAGCGAGAGCAGCACAUCCUCUGGCUCUCAGAACCGUGUUGUGGGUUCUUCUAUCAUGUCGAGUGCAACCCCCACUUCCCGCAAAAUGGUGAUCCAGCAGACCAGAGAAAUUCAACGAAGUGUUAUGGAAGGAAACUUCGACCUGUACCGUGAAGCACUCUCAGAACUGAUCCCCUACUUCUUCGCGAAUAACAAUGUAAAUUAUGCUCGGUGGCUUCCAGUUCAUUUCAGAGACAUGAUGUCUCUUGAGAAGCAGCAUCAAGACGUAGCCAGAGAGUUUCACAAAGGAAAAUUUGUUGUCCACAAGUCCAGAAGAGACUUCUCUGCCAUGGCCAUUGACCAAGCCCAUGAACAGAACAACGCCGCCAUCAAGGGUGAUGGAGGAGCCAUUGGACUAACAGAGGACCCAGGGGCACUUCGGAGAUGGAUGGUGGCUGGACCUGAAGUGAGUCAUCUAGUAUGUGCAUAUGAGGCUAUUUCUGGUGUGAAAGACGCAACCAUCGGCACCAAACACCAUGAACAGACCUUAAGUGCCCAGACAUCUUUCAUUGAGAAGGUGGAGGCACUGUUCAGAUUGAUAAAAGAGAUGGGCAACCCUUUCCAAGAAGAGUCUGCUGAUUUGCUGGUGCUGGACACAAAGAACAUUGCAGAUCCAGCACUAGCUGAACUAGUUGGUAGUCAUCACGAGAGAGGCAAGGAGAAGUUCCAGUCAUUUAUGGAGGCCUUGGAGAAUGAAGAAGAAUGCACAUUCUAUCAGCCAAUCAAGAAGAACAAGGCUUCUUUCUUCAAGCACGAGCAGGCAGCCAGCAGCUCCAAGGAGAAAGGGUUUAAAGAUGACUGUCACUUGUUCUCCCGGCUCUUCAUCUCCUGCCAAAACAGACAGUGUGACUUGCAAGAAUUCUUCAAGUAUGAGAACCAGUCAGCACCUGCAUCUCUCAGUGACAAUGGCAGGCUUCGUAUGUGCCAGAAGUCACAGCUAACUGAAAUUCUUCAGGCACUGGUGACGUUGCCUGACAGCGAACCAGAGGGAGACACCAUCAUCAUUGAUGGAUCAGCGCUCAUCAAUUCCCUGCCUCCACGCAGCCCAAAGACUUUCGAUGACUAUGCAAAAGAAGACAUCCUUCCAAGAGUGGAAUCCUUUGGCACCAAAUUCAAGCGAGUCGAUGUCAUCUUUGAUGUUUACAAGAAGUCUAGUCUGAAAUCUGAAACCAGGUCAAAAAGAGAGGUUUCUGAAGAUGACCUGCAGAAGCUGGAGAACUUUGUUGUCGUCAUGUAUGACAGAUCAAGUUCAGCCACCGGUGUUGACGAGGCAAGGCUGAAUCUCUUUGCCCGUAAGCAGAGGUCCUAUGAUGCGAUCCCACCAACCAGUGCAGCCCUCAUGGAACACGCAAAACGAGCUGCUUACCAGGCUGUAUUAAGGGUUUUUAUUAUUAUUUUCGAUCUUGUUUCCGUCCAGAAUAACAUGAUUCCAAAUGCUAAGUAUCUUAAUGCAAAAUGUUGGUACGGAACCCCUAGGUAA